AUGUGGCACAUCCGUUCUUAUAAUCCCAUAUUUGUUGCUCUGCAAGAAGUGGAUAAUAGUGAUAACCCCUUCUUUCAUUUUGAUUUAUUACAUCAACAGUCUGUUCGUCAUCAAAGUUUAUGGGCUCAGUAUUAUGGUCUAGUUUGUUUUGAUCCUUCAUUUUCAAUCACACGUAUUCCUAUUCCAGAAGGUAUCUUGUGCCUUCUGGCUCAGGUUACGCAUAUCAACGAUUUUAUAGAGCCUUUCUUUAUCCUUGCUAUCUAUGCCCCGUACUUAUUAACAGAUAAAUAUCACAGCUUUGAUCACGUCCUUCAAGCUAGAUCUAAAUAUUCUGCCGUUCUCAGUAAAUUCUAUGGACAUACUAUCACAAACCAUGAUAACGGAUACUUCCUCUUUCGUAAGGUCCGUCUUUCAGCGUAUUUCAACAAACAACGUGCCGAUCAAAAGCUUAUUCAAGACUUACGCGCCAAGUUUGGAGAAGAUGCCGUGUUUGUGAUGGGAAACUGGUUCGCUCCCCAUGCUAGGUAUCAUGAACCUAUCCGUGGCUUUGGUUUCCGAAGACUCCUCAAGAAGCAUGGGUUCCAAAUCUAUCUUGUAGAUGAGUACAAGACUAUGGAUCAACUAUUAACCACUUAUGAAACAAUAACUGGCAAUUAUUCGACUUUAGCUUGUUACUUUGAAACAACUGUGUGGAUCAUUAUUUAA